ACGUCAUGUCACAUUCAAGGAACCGGUUUUUCCUCCUGAGUAGAUAAAAUAGGAAUCUGAAUGUUCCACCUAGCACCCAAUAAAGGCACUCAAAAAGAAUCAGAACGUUUUCUGGGUAUCUGAGUGCAUCCUGAUGAGGAAUUUGAAAUUAUAUUUCUACCAUGAACUUUAUAUCAUGCUAGAUAGUAGAGUGCCUUUUAUAAUUUCCCGGGAAGUUUUCGAACGUAUUUUUAUUACACUCUUUAAUAUUACUCCGUCAGUGCUGAGACGUGUAUUCAUCUUAAUUUAUUGUAUACAUGACAUUUCAUCGUUCACUGACGCUAUCAUCACACAAAAUGUUGGCAUUGGAGCGUAUACCUGAUCAAAUUGGAUACUUGAUAUUAACUGAGGAUGGUGCUGUAUUAACAUCUGGAGGAGAUUUAGAAAAUGACGAAAGAGUGGCAAAUAUUAUCAGUAGUUUAGUAACACUGACGAGUAAAGUUGAUCCUAAGGCAUUUCCAUUGCACGAUCCUUUUGAAAAGAUAUCAAUCAAAUAUAAGGAUCAUUGUUAUGUCGUGUGUCUCUCCAAUAAGAAGAUUUAUGUAGUGAAGAGAAAACUGCCACCUCAGAUUACAGCAAUCGUGGAACAGCAAUCUAUCAUCGAUCUUUAGAUACAAUAAUAAACCUAAUAAAGCCUAUAAAACAAUAAAUGUAUUCUUUGUAAAUUUUGAUAUCUGACACAAAUUCAAUUUCUUUGAUUAUUGCAAGAGAUUUAUUGAUUAUUGCAAUCUCUAUUCACUGUUAUGUAUCUUUAAAAAUAUAUGUAUUUUAAGAAUGAAA